AUGUUCAUCACAUUAGUGAAUGUAUUUGAAGGUACUAUUGCUAAGGCACAAGCUUAUUUCAGAAGAUUUUCUGCAAAAAAUGAAAUGAAUUCAUUAAAAAAAAAGAAUGCAUUUAGAAUUAAAGUUACACAAGAAAUGGUUAAAACAGAAGAUGAUUAUGUCCAUUAUCUUAAAGAGGGUAUUGAUAAAUAUAGACCAAUUAUUCAAAGUUUUGUUGAGAAUGGUGCAUUAAAGAAGGAUAGUGUUCAAAUAAUUUUUAAUAAUAUGGAAGAAAUUUAUCAAUUUAACUCUAAGUUUUUAAAUGACUUGAAGAAAGCUACUGAAGAUAUGAAACCAAAUAAACCAUGGAUUAAUGUUUAUAAAGAACUUGAAGGUGCACUUAGUGUUUAUACUCCUUAUCUUGUUAAUUAUUCUGAGUCUAUAGAACGAGUAGAACAAAUUUUAUGUAUUGAAUGUGUCAGAGAUGCACUAAUGAAAGAAAAAGGGAAUGAUAAGGAUAUGUCAUCAUAUUUAAUUAUGCCAAUUCAAAGACUUCCAAGGUAUGUUUUAUUAUUAAAUGAAUUAAAAAAACAUACAUGGAAUGAUCAUCCAGAUGCAAAUAAUCUUGUUGAAAUGGUUAAUCUUAUUAAAAAAGUAACUACUACAAUAGAUGAAACUAAAACCAAAGCAGACAGUGAAAGAAUUAAACCAAAAUUAUUUGAUAAAUUUAAACCAGGAAAAUUUGGAGAUAUAACAAAUGAAGAGAUAUUAUAUAUAACUGAUUUUAAAUUAAAAGGAUGUCCAGUAUCAGCUGUUCUAACACAAAAUUUACUUGCAAUAGCAAAUAAAGAAAAUUUAAUUAGAUUUGUCUUUCCAAUAUCAAGAAUUACUCUUCUUCCUUGUAACUCAAAAAAAGAUUCAAUUAAAAUUAGAGUAAGGACUAAAAGUAAAAUAAAAUUACAAGGAACUGAACUUGUUCCUGAUGGUGGAUUAAUUAGAAUGGUUAAUGACCUCAAAAAGUUACAAUCUGCUUCAGUUCCUAACUUCCCAUUAACGGAAAGUUGUGUAGUUCAUAGGACAAUAGAAUUACAUUCUGGUGAUAUCGAUAGAAGUAUUGACCCAGAAGAAGAAUUAAUGAAAAGAAGAAAAGAUAAAGGAGGAAGGAUGUCUAUUUAUUCAAAAAGACCUAUUGCAUUAACUAAUGAUCAGUUACCAUUUAAUUCUUCUUUAUUAAAAGUUCCUAUGGAAAAAAAGAAUAGAUGUUCUGAAAUUCCAACUGAUAAUAUUAAAAGUAUUGAAGAAUAUAAAAAUGAUAGACAAUCAGAAUGUUCAAGAAAGGGUUCUGUAAGUGGAACUGAUAGUCCUUCUUCAAUUAAACCUAAAUUAACUAUUUCUGUUAAUACUAGUAAAGGAGAUGCUUCAAAAAGAGAUCGUAGAUCUUCAUGUGCUGAAAUUACAUUAAAAGUAUCAAAACAUGGUGGAAAUAAUGAUUUAACAAAGAAUAUGUUAAGAGAAAAAAAUGUUCAAUUAGUAGAUGGUAAAAGAACGCUUAAUUCACUUGGGCUAGAGGUUUAUUCUUUUAGAGAAUUAGAAAAUAAACCAGAUGGGAUUGCCAAAGAUGACUUAGUAGUUUGUUGUUAUUUUUAA